AUGGAGAGUUGGGGUUUCGAUUUGAAUCUCCAAACGAAGAAUAGGAAGGGAAUUGGGUCUAUCGAUAAGAGCAGAAUCAAACAAGAAAUUGGUGAUGUUAAUCUCAGAAGACCUGUUGGGUUUGGUGAACAAGUUGUUGUUGGUUGGCCUUCUUGGCUUAGUGUUGUUUCUCGUGAAGCUAUUCAUGGUUGGAUUCCUCUUUGUGCUGAAAGUUUCGAGAAAUUGGAAAAGUUUUCUAACUGUAUCUUUAGAUUGGAAAAGGAAAUAAUGAUUCUCCGCAAACUGGAGGGACUAAUUACUUCUAGACUGUCAACUAGUGUAUAUCUUGUUUUCGAGUACACGGAACAUGAUAUUGCUGGUUUAUCAUCUUUUCCUGAGAUCAAGUUCAGUGAAUCACAUGUUAAAUGCUAUAUGCAUCAACUACUAUCUGGCCUUGAACACUAUCAUUCAAGAGGUAUAAUGCACAGAGAUAUCAAGGGAUCCAACCUUCUUGUUAGUGAUGAUGGAGCUCUAAAGAUAGCUGAUUUUGGCCUGGAAAAUUUUGUUAGUGUCGGGCACAUUCAACCAUUAACUAGUCGAGUUGUUACUUUAUGGGUUCAGGUUGCUGAUGUGGUUGAUUGGGCUGAUCUCGGAAGCCGAGGAAGGACAGAAUUUGCUGGAGAAGGAAGUAAAGAAGUGCAGCAGAAGUUACAGGAAAGUAUGAGAGGCAGUGUUGCUGUUGUUGCAACAGAAGUGCAAUGCAGGGAAAGAGGUUCAGGUGAUGGAAGUGAUUGCAGGUCAGCUGAAUGA